AUGGCCCCUGCCGCUCCUGCCCAGAAUGUCAUUCGAGGCUUUGAGACACCCAUUACCUCUGGUGGAGAGGAGUCGGACGUCUCAACCUGUCCUUCACCACUCAUGACUCCACGUAUGCGCGGUAUGAACGGCGCAGCCAACAGCCCGAGACUUAGCGCUUCCAGCGGCUCAGGCAUCAGCGCUCUCAAGAUGCAGCUCGACGCUCUGAGUCUCAGUCGUCCACCUUCAUCACCAUCCAUGACGCGCGAGAACAGCACUACCUCCAACUUUGACAGUACUCCCACCAUGUCCUCGGCCGCUAGUGAUGUUGAUCUAAAGGAAUUGGAAACCUGCCAGGUCGAUCUAGAACAUGACUUUGCCAGCGUAGACGCUUGCGCUACACCACGAAAUGCCUUUACUGUCGAGGGUGGCCUUCGCACCGAAUCAGCCCUUCGCAAAAUGACAGCCGACGACUUUGAACCCCUCAAGUGCUUGGGAAAGGGAGCCUUCGGCACCGUCCAUCUGGUCAAACAACGUGCCACUGGUCGUCUGUUCGCUCAAAAGCAGUUUCGCAAGGCUUCCUUGACUGUCCACAAACGCUUGAUCGAGCAGACUCGAACGGAGCGCAGCAUUCUUGAGAGCGUCAACCGUCAUCCCUUUGUCGUCAAGCUGUUUUACGCUUUCCAAGACCACGAAAGACUCUACUUGAUCCUCGAGUACGCCCAAGGUGGUGAGCUAUUCACUCACCUGGCCAUGGAGCGCAUGUUCACCGAGGAAGUCGCCUCCUUCUACAUGGCUGAAAUGGUUCUUGCACUCGAGCAUCUGCACCGCAACGUUCGUGUUGUCUAUCGUGAUCUGAAGCCAGAAAACUGCUUGUUGGACUCGGACGGUCAUCUGCUCCUCACUGACUUUGGGUUGUCCAAGGUUGCGCUCGAAGAAGAUUCGUGCAGCUCUUUCCUCGGCACUGUGGAGUACAUGGCACCUGAAGUCGUCCAAGGCACUUCUUACGGUUUUGCUGUCGACUGGUGGUCGCUUGGUGCCAUCGGAUUUGACUUGCUCACGGGUUCGCCUCCUUUUGGUGGCAACAACAACGCAAAGAUUCAGCAGAAUAUCCUCAAGCAGAAGCUGCAAUUGCCUUACUUCCUUGGCCCCGACUCGAAGGAUUUGCUCACUCGACUCUUGCGCAAAGAGGCCAACAAGCGUCUUGGAGCCAACAUGCCGAAAGAUCUUGACAUCAUCAAGAAGCACCGUUUCUUCCGUAAGAUUGACUGGAAGAAACUCGCAAAGCGUGAAUUGGAGCCUCCCAUCCAGCCUCUCAUCACAGACCCAGAGCUGGCCGAGAACUUCUCCAAGGAGUUCACAGAUCUGCCGAUGUCUCCAGUAGAUGAAAGAAAAUCUUCUGUCAUGCAGGACUCUACUAUGACAGGCAUUGAGAUUGGUCCGAGUACAAAGGAGUUCGAGGUUGGAUCUAAUCCUUUCGGUGGCUUCAGUUUUGUUGCUAGCCAAAGUCUGCUUGACAAAGUCGAGUUUAUGUGA